AGUUUGCUUUCGUGUCAUGUUACUGAGAUUGUGGGUUGUUGCCGUUACUCAUGGGUAGAGAAAACCAGUCUUUAAUCAUUAGAAAGUGUAUUACAUUUCUUUAUUUGUAUUAUUUAGGCUGGAUAAUACAGAGUAAACAUCAGUGGUUUUUAUUUUUUAUCAAAUUAUUUUUUACCGGUUGAGGGCAGCACGAACCGUUUAGUCCAAUAUAGCCACGAUAGACGCAAGAAGAACAGAAGAAGAAAGAUUGUGGGUGCUACUGCUGAGCAUGAUGGGAUUGAGUGGUGGCAGUAGCUCAGGAGUCUGUCCGCUUAUCUGACUUUUGUGUUAUCUGGUGAAGGCAUACUAGUUUUCAAAUGAACAGAGAUGGCGAGCAAAGAAGUUAAGUCUGCGUUGAAAAACGCCAGGGAAGCCAUCAAAAACAAAGAGUACAAAGAAGCCUUAAAGCAUUGCAAGGCAGUGCUGAAGCUGGAGAAGAGUAAUUACAAUGCCUGGGUUUUCAUUGGCUUGGCGGCGAGCGAGCUGGAGCAGCCGGACCAGGCCCAGUCAGCCUACAGGAAGGCCUGCGACCUGGAGCCCGAACAGCUGCUGGCCUGGCAGGGGUUAGCAAAUCUGUUUGAAAAGAGCACCCAGACAGAUUUCAAAGCUGAACUUCCGAGGGUCUACCAGAAACUCAUAACGCUGUAUGAAAGUUCGGACAAGGUGAAAUGUUAUGAAGUGGGAAAGAAGCUGGUCGAAAUUUAUCACACAGAGAAGAAUCAUUUGCAGGUGGCGAGAUUGUGGUGUAGGCUGAUUCAGCUGAAGGAGGAUGCGGAGGAGGGGGUUGUGGGGAGGGCGGGGCUGCUGAAGCUGUGGCAGGAGAUGACCCAGCUAUUGGCUGACAGCGUGGAGGAGCAGGAUAACGAGACCCAGCAGCAUUUAAUAAACGCUUUUGAGAAGGCCAUGUCCCUCAUGGACAAUAUACCCUCAGAGGACCACAAGAAGCUCUCAGCCAAUUACAUUACAUGCUUAUCAAAACUCCCACACGAGGAGGUGAAGAUGAAGGAGGCCUGUGAGGCCAUGCUGUCCCUCUACCCCACGCACGCCUUCCCCCUGGAGGUGCUCGGCACGCACUACCUCCGCUCUGGCGUCUGCAGCGAGGAGGCCGGCGGCUGCUUCGCGCGGCUCCUGGAGCUGGACGCGGACAGCGGGCUGGCCCACAUCGGCCUGGGGGCCAAGGCGUUGGAGGAGGGGAGGUACGAGGAGGCCGUGAGGAGCCUGGCCGCGGGUCUGAAACGCGCGCGGUCCUGUUCGGUGGGGUGGCUCAGGCUGGCCCAGGCCCAGCUGAAACUGCACAGAUACGCCGCCAGCGCCGUCUCCUGCAGACAGGGACUGAAGGUGUUGGACGGGGACGCCGGAGGGGCGGAGUCGAGGAGGAGGCUGCUGCGGAUGAAGGCGGAGGCGUUGGUGAGAGCCGGGGGAGAGCAGAACGCGGACGAGGCCCUGGAGGCGCUCGCGCAGCUGGACGAUGCUGAUAAUGACCCUGAUCUGGUGUCCUUAAGAGGAAGGGCUUAUCUGCAGAAGGGGCUCGUUGACAAAGCUCUUCAGGUGUCCUCGGAGCUCCCCCCGGAGGCCCACCCGGGACAGGCGGAGGUCCUGGUCCUGAGGGGACUGGCUCAGCUCGCGCGGGACGAGCUCCGGGAGGCCGAGGAGAGCUUCCUGAAAGCCCUGGAGCUCAAGCCAAGUUCGGGGGAGUGCCUCUUUCUGCUGGGACGGCUGUACUGGGACAUGGGGGAGGAGACGCGCCGGGACAAGGGCAAGGCUCACAUCCACCUUAUGAAGGCCGCCAAGCUGGACCCGCACUUGGGCGUGACGUUCCGGUACCUGGGGCACUACUACAGGGACGUGGCGCGGGACCCGGGGCGGGCCAGGGGCUGCUACAAGCGGGCGUUUGAGCUGGACGCCAGCGAGGCCGAGGCCGGAGCCGCCGCCGUGGACCUCAGCAUGGAGCUGGGAGACAUGGACUCUGCCCUGGCCAUCCUGACUGCGGUGACGGAGGAGGCCACGCCGGGCUCGGCUAAGUGGGCCUGGAUGAGGCGUGGUCUGUACCACCUGAAGAUCGACCAGCCCCCGCAUGCCAUCGAUGACUUGCAGGCAGCGCUCAGGGCCGACCCCCAGGACUGGGUGUGCUGGGAGUGUCUGGGAGAGGCCUACCUGAAGAGGCGGUGCUUCACGUCCGCGCUCAAGGCCUUCGACAAGGCCCGCCAGCUCAACCCCGCCUCCAUCUACAGCCUGUACCAGAUGGCGGCCAUCAAGCAGGUCCUGGGGAAGUUCACGGAGGCCGUCCCAGAGUACAUGCAGAUCAUCAGCCAGGAGGAAUACGUCCCUGCGCUGAAAGGUCUAGGAGAGUGCCAUCUGGCCUUGGCCCAAGGGGCGAUGGCAGACUACCUGGACGGCCGAGCGGUCGACCUCAUUCAGCUGGCUGUGGAGUUCCUCUUCAGGGCUCUGCAGCUGCGCCCGGACCUGUGCUGCUUGUGGAAGCUCCUGGGGGACGUGUGCACCGCGGCCCACGCCGUGUCUCCCGGCCGGGCCAGGGUUCUGGUGCCGGGCCCGCUGGCCGGGAUGGACCCGGCUGACCAGAAGCACACCCUGGACCAGACCCAGGUCCUCAAGCUCGGGGAAAGGUGCUACGGCCGCGCACUGAAGCUCAUGUCCGAAGCCCCUAAUCUCUGGCACGACCUCGGCCUCAACUACUACCACCAGGCCCGGCGCCUGGUUGGCCAGGAGGAGGAGAGGGGGGCGUGCCUGGAUAAAUCUCUGCAGUGCAUUAAGAAGGCUGUGAUGCUGGACAGCACCAAACACAGCUACUGGAACGCCCUGGGCGUGGUGGCCAUGAGCACAGGCAUUGAAAACUUUGCUCUCGCUCAGCACUCCUUUAUUAAGUCUUUGAACAUGGAAGCCAAUAAUGUUGUAGCUUGGACAAACCUGGGAGCACUGUAUCUGAAGACGGAAAAUAUUGAGCUCUCUCACGAAGCAUUCAAGAUUGCCCAAUCACUGGAGCCGCUGUACGUCAAUUGCUGGAUUGGACAGGCUCUGAUAGCGGAAGCGGUGGGGAGCUACGACACCAUGGAUCUGUACAGGCACACCACGGAGCUGAGCACCCACACGGAGGGCGUAAAAGGCUAUGCGUUCUGGGUGUGCUCCACGCUGUUGGAUAAGACCAACAGGGAGUCUGAGCUGUAUCGGUACAACAUCGUCCAGAUGAACGCGGUGUCUGCUGCUCAGGUGGCCUUGUGCAAGUACGCGGAGAGAAUCCAAACAGAUUCCAGCGCCUUCACCAUGCUGGGGUACCUGAACGAGCACCUGAACCUGAAAAACCAAGCCGUUUGGGCCUACCUGAGAGCCGUGGAGUUGCUGCAGCCUGCGGGGCCCUCAGAAGAGCUGAGCUUCGCCCUGAGGAACUACGGCCGCGCCCUUUGCAACACAGGCCAAUGGGAGCAGGCGGUGCGCAUUUACUCCUCCACGCCACAGGAGGAGCUGUAUGACAUCACAGGGCUGGCGCUGGCCUACUUUAGAGCCGGACUCCUGCAGGACAGCGUGAGCGCCUAUGAGAAGGCUCUGGCCGUGGCCUCCAGUGAGAAAGAGAGAGCCUACAUCCUCACUGCCCUGGCCCUGCUUCAGCACAGGAUAGGCAACAUGGACGCUGCCAAAACGCUGCUCUUCAAAUGCUCGGUGCUGAAGGAGCCCAUCGCGGAGAGCCUGCUGUCGCUGUGCGCCCUGGGCCUGGUGCGCGGGGACGCCACGCUGGCCAGCGCCGCCCUCGCCGAGCUGCUGAAGCAGGGCGGGGCCGCCGUGGAGGAGCGCUGCCUGCUCACCUGCGCCCUGCUGGCCCUGCAGGGGAACUACAGCGCCGUGCAGAGAGAGGCCGCCCGAGCCGUCCACAGUAACCCGGGCAACCCCUCCCUCUGGGCAUUGCUGUCACGACUGGUACCACGGUAUUACCCCAGGAAGGCUGCUGGUGGUGCGGUAGCUGGGAAUGUGGCCUGUCACUCCAGCAUGACUCUGGGAAAGAAGGCGCUGUUGUACAGCGGAGUGAACCAGCUGGCCCGUGGCAGACACUCUGGGGAGGACCCCCGCAGGAACGCUCUGAAGACCAUCCAGAGAGCUGCGCUGCUCUGCCCGGAUGACCCGGCGGUGUGGGCCGCCCUGAUGGCCGCCUGUCACACAGAGAACACCGCCUGCGUGCUCUCUGGCUCCGCCCCUCGCCGCCGGGGCCUGGAGGGCAUGCUCAUGAGCCGUGUGGCUGAGAAAGUGAAAGCUGUAGAGGCUGUGGAGAAGCCGCUGGGUCAGGCUCUGCAGAGCUGGGUUCUGCAGCAGGCUGUGAUCGCCCUCAAACAGGCUGGCCAGCACUCAGAGGCCGAGGCCCUCUGUACUCAGGCGCUGAGCGUUUCUCCGGAAGACCCCGCCGUGUUCCUGCUGCUGAGGCAGGUCCAGUGCGAGGCCCUCCUGCCGUCGGGCGCUGGCACCAGCCUGCCCGCCUCCGUCCUGGACCAGCUCAGCGCCGCCGUCCUGGCCAAUCACAGCUCGGUGUCCGCCUGGCACUGGAUGGCGGAGGUGUACCGGACGCAGGGCCUGCUGGUCCAGGCUGUGAUGGCCUACAGGCAGAGCCUCCAGCUGGCCUCCCAGCAGGGCCUGUUCAGCGGGAAGCUGUCCAGCCUGCUGCGGCUGGCGCUGCUGGCCCUCGGGCCCUGCAUGGCUAACGUCCCGGGCAGCGAGUGGAAGGACCUGGUUUUGGAGGCCACCACAGAGGCGCUGAAGCUGGGGCCCUGUCCCGUGGCCCAACUCCUGCAGGCCCUGUUGCAGUUCUCCCUAAAGAUGGGGGCCAGGGAAACUCGCCGUCUGUUGGAAAGGAUCGUCUACCCCUCCGGUCCCGGUUACCCGGAGACGGUGGCGUCGGUAGCGCGCUGGUACCUCCUUCGCCACCUCCACGCCAAGGACGACCUGGAGCUGAUGGACACCUUGCUGGACCAGGCCCGAGCCGUCAAGGACAAAAGACUCCUGGAGUUUCACGGGCGACUCUGCCCUUAACACUGCACCACAGCGGGAAGAUGCCGGGGAUGAUGACAUCAUCAACCGGGCGGCCAUUCGACAGCCAGCCUCGUGUGCGUGUGCGUCUGCCGCACUAAUGUCGGUGUUUAACCUUUUACGGCUGGGCGAGGGGAACCAUGUGCUGGCUGGAGCCGUCCGGAUGUGGGAAUGAGCACUUAUGAAACAAUGGAACAUUGUGGCGGUGGGUCCAGUUUGGAGAAGAUGGCCGAAAAUACUUGGAAUUCUUCUCUGUGGACAUCUUCAGAUGGCCUUAAUGCCUGAUAUGUUUUGUCUGCAGCUGAGCGCUUUCUCUCCUGUGCAAAAAGUGCUUCGUGCCUCAGAAACGCAAUCGCUCUCUGCUUAUUGCAAGAAAACAUUGCAGAAUGUUUACCAAAAAUGGGGUUUCGGGGGGGAUGGUGGGGUACAAGCAAUGGGUUUUAGAGUUAGGGAAUAAGUACUGCAGUACUGUAAUGGUUAAGUGGAACUCAUGUACCAUUGUGCUCUUCGUGGGUACUGCCUGAAAUGAGUUGAAUUGCAACGAUGUCAGUGAAAUUAAACCAAAACAAAGGGGAACAACA